AUGACGUUCACCUUCCGCCCGCUCACGCCCGCAGAGGCCGAGGCCGCCCAUGCCAUCGAGGCCGCUUCGUACCCGGCGGACGAGGCCGCGUCGCUCGACCAGAUCCGGAAGCGCAUCCAGGAAGCCGGCGAUUACUUCGUCGGCGCCUACAACGACGCCGCCACGCUCGUCGGGUUUGUCAACGGUACGCUCACGGCGCAUCGCGAGCUCGAGGAAGAGACCAUGUCGCGCCACGACCCGCUCGGCCGAUACCUUUGCAUCCACUCGGUGGUGACGGACCCGUCGAUUCGCCGCCAGGGCCUCGCCACCAAGCUCCUCAAGGCGUACGUCCGCCGUGUCGUGGACGAGGCCAUCCUCCUCAUCGCCAAGCCGUAUCUGGUUCACUUUUACAUUUCGUGUGGCUUCACCGUCACGCGCUUGUCGCCGGUCGUCCAUGGCAAGGACGCGUGGAUGGAGCUCGUGCUCGACUGCACGGUCGCGCGCCAGCUCGACGUCGUCGUCGUCGACGCCUUUGCGACAACGCCGUACGAAGGCAACCCCGCGGCCGUCGUCGUCCUGAGCUGCCGGCAGUUUGACGCGCCGGGCGUCGAGAACUGGAUGCAGCAAGUGGCAAUGGAGCGCAACUUGAGCGAAACGGCGUUCGUGGCGCCGCUGAGCGAAGCGCAUGUCGGGCAGAACGAGUACCGCCUGCGUUGGUUCACCCCAGGUGUCGAGAUCGACCUCUGCGGCCACGCGACGCUCGCGACCGCGCACGUGCUCUACGAAGAUGGUCACUGCGCCAAGACGGACCCGAUCCGGUUCCACACGCGGAGUGGCGUCUUGACGACGCGGUACACGACGCUCGAGGACACGACGACGCCGGCCAUCACGAUGGACUUUCCCGAGUCGGCCAAAACGGAGCACGACGCGGCGUGGCGCGACGCGACCAAAUCCGUGCUCGUGUCUGCGCUCCGCGUCUCGGCCACGGACGUCCUCGCGCUGGAGCAGUACGGUCCGAGCUUCAUUUGCCAGCUGACACCGGCUGCCUUUGACGCUGUUGUGGUCGACUUUGGGCUCAUCGCGUCCCUCAUGUCGCACUCGGUCAUUAUCACGUGCAAGGCGCCGGUCGGCUCGGGGUUUGACUUCUUUAGCCGCUUCUUCGCGCCCAACUGCGGUGUCAACGAAGACCCGGUCUGCGGCAGCGCGCACUGCGCCCUCGUGCCGUUCUGGAACGACCACCUGCCGCAGAAGCAGCGGACGUUUGUCGCGCGCCAGAAGAGCCAGCGCGGCGGCACUUUGCGUCUCCGCAUCGAGAACGGCCGAGUCUUCAUCACCGGCACAGCCGUCAUGACGCUGCGCGGCAAGAUGCUCGAGUAG